CUCUUUCUAUCUCACUCGUCUCCCUUGUUGUCCGUCGCCCUUCAAAGGCGCUCCUUUUCCUUUGGUAUCCCUCUUUUCCACGCCGAGGUCUGACAGGGGAGAGAGCAGGUGCGAGCGACUGAAUCCCUCGCCGCCGGAUGAAUGGGAUCGGAUAGCAUCGAGUGUGUGUCUUCGAUCGACGGGAUGGAUGAGGAGGACACCGCCCGUACCCAAUCCUCGAAGCCCCACGGCGGCGCCGCCCCUCCCGCAGGCAUCGCCCCCUCCACGAGCGUACACGAGCUGCUCGAAUGCCCCGUCUGCGCCAACUCCAUGUACCCCCCGAUUCACCAGUGCCAAAAUGGCCAUACACUCUGUUCAACAUGUAAAACAAGGGUGCAGAAUCGGUGCCCUACUUGUCGACAAGAGCUUGGAGACAUCAGGUGUUUAGCACUGGAAAAGGUGGCGGAAUCGCUUGAGCUUCCAUGCAAAUAUUACUCACAUGGCUGCCCUGAAGUCUUUCCAUACUACAGCAAAUUGAAACAUGAAUCUCAGUGCAACUAUAGACCAUAUAAUUGCCCAUAUGCUGGAUCUGAAUGCUCAGUUGUGGGAGACAUUCCUUUCCUGGUCACACAUUUAAGAGAUGACCACAAAGUAGACAUGCACACUGGCUGCACAUUCAAUCAUCGAUAUGUCAAAUCCAAUCCCCGUGAGGUUGAAAAUGCCACAUGGAUGCUGACGGUCUUUAACUGUUUUGGGCAGUCCUUCUGCUUGCACUUUGAGGCCUUCCAGCUAGGAAUGGCCCCUGUGUACAUGGCAUUUUUGCGCUUCAUGGGUGAUGAGAAUGACGCAAGGAACUUCAGUUAUAGUCUUGAAGUCGGGGCCAAUGGACGGAAACUAACAUGGGAAGGUACACCUCGGAGCAUCCGUGACAGUCACCGUAAAGUUCGCGACAGUCAUGAUGGGCUCAUCAUACAGAGGAACAUGGCACUCUUCUUUUCGGGCGGCGAGCGGAAAGAGCUCAAACUGAGGGUCACUGGCCGGAUUUGGAAGGAGCAACAGAACAGCGAUGCUGCAGUUUGCAUGCCAAAUCUCUGCAGCUGAAAGCCAUUCCUAACCAUGCUGAGUUAUGGCCAUCAAUCUGGUUACAAUGCAGCAAGCACAAAGAUGCUUCACCAACGUUACACUCUGAGACUUCUUAUAUGUUCUAAUUAUUAUAUGCGGCUCAAACAUUGUCUAAUGUGUGAAACUCAACCAUAAUGAUACUUAAGUUGCAAUUUGAACUUAA